UGUGCUAUUAUUGUUAUUGUCUGUAUUUCAGUAGGUACCUUAUAGAGCAGUGAUGUCACGCAUUCAGUGAUGUGAUGUUGAUAAAUGUAGUAUCAUCACAGCAUUCCCCGCAAUUUCGUAUCAACAAUAUCACGCGAAAAAAAUUCUUUCAGUGUCAAAUCCGUCCGCAAACUCAUAUCACCCCAAUUUAAUGUUAAGCCGUUUGGAAAAAUCGUUCCUUUUUACUAUUAAACGCCUAGUUCCUAUAAAGUGGUUGAAGUGUCUUGAGUGAAAGUGUCUUUUUGGGAUUAUUUUCCGCAAAGCAAAAUGGGUCACGACUUAUUCGUCAAAUUCUGCAAGACAACAAAUAGAUUAUAAUUCCGAUUUGGUGGUGGGUAUCAGAAAACCUUGCUGAGGAUGGCCAGUCCUUGGCCCCUUUCCACUCUUUCAAAAUAAACUGAAGUCGGUGAAAAUUUGCGCAAAAUGGCAACCACAGCCCGCCGCCGAGACCCCGACGAUGACAUAGCAGCGAUAGCCAAACAGAUUUCGGAACAAGCCGAGGCUAUUUAUCAAAAUUGGAAGUCGAGAGGUCUAGCACCGGCUGAUCUAAUCACCUGCCAUGCUGUGGGGGACACCACAAAGCUAGGAUCGAUGCUAAAGCCGCAGCCGCCGGCGAAGCCCUCGAUCGAGCUCCUGGCACAGGCGCCCACCAUGGACAACAACCGGCUGGAGAAGCUGGUGAAAAAUUUCGUCGUGGAAGACAAGGCCAGAUUGGCGGCGAGGAACAAAGCCAUGCCCUCGAGCAUCCAAUACGCCCUUCAAAAGUUCGAGAAAAACACACAGAACGACUCAAGUGUGCAGAAAAGUCCGCUCAAAUCGAACAGUUUCGGUCCCGAAGGCGCGAAAGCGCCGCCGACUGAGAGCCCGAAGCCCGUAAUCAGCCAAAAGCCCCAAAUCUCCCCAAAGCCACGUUUCGCCGAAACAAUCGAAAUGACAUUGCCCGAAGAAGUCAACCUGCAAACCUGGCCAUUGAAAAACCGCAUCAUCAAGAAGACGGCCCCCGAAGGGCGGCCGGACCCCAUCGACCAAGUGGCCCUCGAGGAAAAACGGCUCAUUAACGCGCUCAAAAACGGGGUUUUGGACAACGAACUGCCACAAAACCCUUCUCUUACGAGAAAUAAAGACGUGGAGAAGGAGGUCACCACCAAGUGGGGUUUGCGGAACACGAGGAGGGUCGAACAGCAGGUGCCUCAUCCGGAGUUGACGGUGGUGCAGAGGCAGCACUUGAGGCAGACGAAUACGAACCCAAUUCGGCCGUUUUUGACCCGGGGCUCGGUUGCAGAGAGGGUGCUCAUCUUCGAAAGGUGUCCCAGUGAUUUGUUGCUGGAUAAGAGGGCGAGGGCGCCUGUCACGCAAUUAGCGAAGCCGCAGACCGCCCCAAAACAACCCACCCUCCAGCACACCACCCUCCAGCGACACAUCCGCGCCCAUCGCAACGUCAACAUCCCCCGCUUCCAUUUCCCUACAGGAAAACCAGGUCCUCCAGGUCAUCUCGACACCAUCAAGUCCAAACUUACCUCAACCUUUUCUUCGAUUGGAGGACGCGCUUCCCGAGAAGAUUUCUCCACUAUUGCGACAACCUGUCAGUUACCACUUUACUGGAAAACCCCCUUGUAUCUCGCAGCUUGUGCGGACAAGGGCUCGUGCACUCAAGAACAGUUUAUGACUUUCUGGACAAAUAUGACGAACAAUUCGCACGAUGCGGCCUCAAGAUUCGUUUAUAUUUUGACACGAGGUCGCCGAAAUUGGCUCGCACCGGAGGAUUUCAUUCCCCUGGUCCAGGACGUGGUGGAGACGCAUCCAGGCCUGACGUUCCUGAAGGAGGCGACGGAGUUUCACUCGCGUUAUGUGCACACUGUCAUCGCCCGGAUUUAUUACUGUGUUAAUAGGUCUUGGUCCGGUCGGAUCACAAUUCCGGAAUUGAGACGCUCGAAUUUACUCAACGUUAUCCAGUUUUUGGAGGAGGAGGAAGACAUCAAUCAGAUUACUCAGUACUUUAGUUACGAACAUUUCUAUGUGAUUUAUUGCAAGUUUUGGGAGCUUGAUCGUGACCACGAUUUGUUUAUCGACAAGCAAGACUUGACCAGACACAACGACCACGCGCUUUCGUCACGCAUCAUCGACCGCAUCUUCAGCGGCUGUGUGACCCGGGGCCAGAAGAGGUCGCAACAUGAUGAAAAAAUGUCCUACACGGAGUUUGUCUGGUUCCUGCUGAGUGAGGAAGAUAAACAACACCCCACAGCCAUUGAGUAUUGGUUCAGGUGUAUGGACAUUGAUGGUGAUGGUUACUUGUCCAUGUACGAGUUGGAGUAUUUUUACGAGGAGCAAAUGCAGAGAAUGGAAGCUAUAGGAAUUGAAACUUUACCCUUUCAAGACUGCUUGUGUCAAAUGUUAGACAUGGUGAAACCGAAAAUUCCAGGGAAAAUUGCCUUAAGUGACUUAAAGAAGUGCAAAAUGACGCCGAUUUUCUUCGACACGUUCUUCAACCUUGAGAAGUAUUUGGACCACGAGCAAAGGGAUCCUUUCGCCUCGCAGAGAGACCACGAUAUCGACGGGCAAGAGAUGUCCGACUGGGAUCGCUACGCUGCCGAAGAAUACGAGCUCCUGGUGGCGGAAGAGGGCGGCAACGACCAGCAGGACAGCCUGGAGUACGAUUGUGGCUUUGACAGGCUCAUUCGAUGAAGGCGGAGACGAGGACGUCCUUUCGCCGAACCUUGAGUUAGUAUUAGACGGUGAGGAACCGGAGGAGUUAUCAACAGAUAGCGACGAGUGCAGUAUUUAGCAUAAGUAACUUGUUAUCGUUUUCUAGUCGCACGACUCGGAACCAUAGUUUAAGCCUAUUCCUGUUUGCACAAACCCGUUAUUUAUCCAGUUGAGUUUAUGUUAUUAGACGAACAGUAAGAGUGAUCUUGAAGAGUAUUUUGUAUUGUUGUAUUAAUAAAUUAGAUGGAUCUUAGACGACUAAUCGAAUCUCGGUUACAAGGUACCGACUUUUUCUUACUAAUGUUAUUUAUUUGCGCAAGGUGGCGCUAGACUUGGGUGCAGCUGUUGUUAGCGAAGAAUAUCAACGACUUGCCACCGCUCCGUUAAUAUUCUUUGCGGGUUUUUUAAAUAUAGUUUAUUUAAUACAUUUGAUUAAAAUCCAGUAUCAAGUUUACUAGUCAUUUUUAUUAUUAUUAUUAUAAUUCAUACUCGUUUUAUUAUGUAAUGUAUAAAACACUAAAUAUAUUGGUUUUCUCUUAAA